CUCCGCCAGGCGACGAGUCGGCGUUGGGGGUCCAACACCGAGGAAACUCGGCAUACACGCAGUUGACGAUCGAGAAAGCGAGGGACGGAGAGUGGGACGCGAGCUGCUCCUAUGGAUGCCGAGGUGCAGAACACUGACUACUGAAGAGUGACAGCCCAACAAGAUGGAGGACUGCCUUCACACAUCUUCAGAAAACUUGUCCAAACUGGUUAGCUGGGCUCACAGUCAUGGAACAAUUUGUAGUCUCAUUCCAAACCUGAAGCACUUGUUGACUGAAGGGGCCCAUGGAAAUCUUACUGCAAUGUGGGGUUGUGGCGCUGGCCAUGCCUACCACUGGCCACUGGCUGUCACCUGCAGGACAGGAUCCCAGGACAGAGUGUGCUUUCAGGACAGUAGAAGCUUUAACUCGGACAGCUCCAGCAUCAUUGCAGUAUCUUCUGAGGCCCAGCAAAGCCCAUCAGAGAAGUACCAAAGUAGAUCCUCAAAAGGAAAGGUGGAGUUUUCAAGGAAUAGAGAUUCCUGUGACUUUUCAUAUAGUGAACAUUCAGAGGUUGAUGAAAAUGUGGAAGAAUAUGAUGAAGGUGAUUUAUUUCACAUGGCAUGUGAGUCUUCUGCAACUGAUGAAGACAGUGAUUAUGAAUCACGGCUACAAAAGAACACACUGAAAAGGCGAGAAGCAGGGCCUUUGCUUGCACUGGACUCUCCAAAUCACCUUUCUCAUGAAAACAGUAAUGAAGUUAUUGUAAAAAAGAUUAAGCAAGAGGGUCCUGAAGACUAUUACAUUGUGACAAAUGCUGAAAUAGCUCUAGAAAAUGAGAAUUCCUCUGUAACUGUGAGAUCCAAGCCGAAGCCUGGUCCUGCUUCCUAUUUAGGGCCUACCAAAUCUUCAGCCCUCCUUCCUGCUAGUCACAUGCCCGAAAGGACUGAGUCAAAAGCUGUUUCUAUUAUUCCACCGAAUACAACAAGGACAAUGGGUCCCAAGUCUGGGAAGAGUUGUACGUCUUCACAGAAGAAGCUGAAUGAUGGUCAAGGAACUGGACAGCAGUUAGUUCUUCAAAUGCCAGUCAGCACUUCCGGAGGAAACCAGCAGAUCAAUAUCCCAUUGUCAGCCCUCCAGCUUCCUGGGCAAGAGGAGCAGAAUGCUUCUGAAGACAUGGGAGUACAGCUGGUAAAGACCAGAGCAUCCAGUGAAGUUUCAUUAUCUCCAUCUAUCAGUGCCGAACCUGAAGUCAGCUCAAGUCAGCAGCAAUCAAGUUUACUUCAGUCUCUGGCAAAAGAUGUCAGUGUACAAUCAUCAGCAGCAGCCCUUUCAGGAAAACUCAACAGGUUUCCGACGUUUGAUGGUGAAUUGAAGGAGCUCUGUACAAGCGCUGUCAGUGCCAACACUACGAAGGCGACCCUGUAUUCUCUGAAUGUAUGGCGAUACUGGUGUGUGACACGGGAGCUGAAACAAUACAUGGACAUUACCAAGAUUCCACCUGUGAAGCUCAACGAGUUGCUGGAGGACUUCUACGUGACAGUGAAAAAGACUGAUGGCUCUGAUUUUCUGGCCACCUCCCUUCAUGCAAUCCGAAGGGGCCUGGAUCGGGUGCUGAAAAAUGCCAAUGUGGGCUUCUCCAUAGGUGAUGCCAGCUUCAAGUCCUCCACCCAGAAACUGAAGGACAAACUGAGGAUGCUGAACAAAGCAGGCAUGUCUGGCUCACGGUCCCGAAACAUCAUCUACUUCACUGGACAAGAUGAGGAGGAGAUGUGGCAUGCUGGUUACCUAGGUGACACCAACCCGGUGGCUUUGCUCAGCGUGGUGGUAAAGUUCAACAGCCAGUACUUUAACAUGAGAACCUUGCAGGAGCACGUGGACCUCAUGUAUGGGGAUAUCGAGCUGUUGAAGGAUGCAGAGAAUAGGCCCUUCUUUGCACGGACUGACAUGGUCAAAAGAGAGAGCAAACUCUGCAGCAACAAGCUCUGCUUUGGGCAAGUCUACCACGAGCACUCGGAAGGACUCAAGAGAUGUCCAUACUGCCUGCUGUAUAAAUACAUGUACACCCACCGGCCUCCAAGCCAGCGGGAUCCCAAAUCUCCCUUUUACCUUGUGGCCAGGAAGGAUUUCUCCCAGCUGGACAGCGUCUGGUUUGAGGAGCAGAGAAUGGGCCUCCGCUCUCUCAGGGCAGUGGUCCCAAAACUGGCAAAGAAAGUAAGGCUUGAGCAAAGCGAGAGCUUCACGUUUGUGUCCUUCACUCAGGCAUCUCUCCUCAAGCCGGGAAAGUUCCUUUCUUCUGACAGCUGAGAAAAGUCUGUAGCUGUGGACCAAAAGAGUUGUUAUAACCAUAGAUCUUCUAAAUAAUGGAGGGUGGAAAAUAAUGAUCAGGCUAGCAGAUAGAAAAUGAAACACAAUGUGAAUUUAUUUUGAAAUAGGUAAUAGUUAUUUAAUCUUUCAUAAUCUUUUUGUUGCAACAUUUUCAUUGCAGGUUUGUUUUUUUCUAAAAGGCUACUGUCACAUAACCUCUGUAAAAUAAAACAAAACUGCAAACUAUUGCUGUGGGGAAUUUGGUGAGAAUGGGAAUUCCCUGGUAAGUAGUAGUGAGUAGUGGAGUGUUUUGUUUUUAAAUCCAACUGAUGUCUUUAUGUUUUUAGAACAAAAAACUGCAAGUCAGUAAGAGUUAACUGGGUAUCUGACUGAGUGCUAAUAAUGUUGACUGACCAUCUGUAACAAGUGUGUGUCUGAAGAGAUCUGGUUUUAUGAGAGCUGGCGAACUUGAAUGGACAUGCCACGCAUCCAGAGCACAUGAAAAGCUGAAUAUCCUGUGGUGCUGGUUAUUAAAGCCUUUCCAUCAUUGACCAGGUAUAGUCAGGAGAGUGAUGAAAUAAUCGCUGCUUACCUGGAUGAGUGCAGGUCUACCAACACUUGAAGCUUAAUGCCAUUCAGGACAGUAUCCUAUUUUAUUGGCAGCCCAUCGCCAUCUUUAUUCUCCCUUCAAUGCUGUUUCACCAUGGCUAUAUGUGUAUAUCAGCCAUAAAAUUCACUGCAGUUACUCAUCUCAGUUGCCCUGACAGGACCUCUUCCCAAACCUUCAAUACCUAUCAUGAAGGGAAGACAGCAGGGAGUGGGAACACCCUCCUUAUAUCACCAUUUUCUCGCUGUUACUGGGUCUAUGAGCUUGAACUCCACACGGAGGGAUUUCACCUGCAGGACUGAAGCAGUUCUGGAAGCUGGGUGUGGGCUAGGGCAAUUAAUACUGAACUUGCCAAUGACACCCCUAUCCCCAUACCUGUUCUCCUUUUGAAAGACUGAAAGAACAAUGAUCAGAGCCUGCUGUGAUUAAAUGUGUAGUGCUGAAGGGAAAGAUAGUGCUAAGUUCAAAGUAAAUUUAUUAUCAGUGCAUAUAUGUCGCCUUAUGCAACCCUGAGAUUAAUUUUCUUGUGGGCAUACUUAAUAAAUCCAUAAUAGAAUGAAUGAAAGAUGGUAAAUACUAGAUGUCCAGUCAGUGUGCAAAAGACAGCAAACUGUACAAAUACAAAAAUAAUAAAUAACAAAAAUAAGCAAUAAAUAUCGAGAAUAUGAGAUGAAGCAUGCUAGAAAGUGAAUCCAUAGGUUGUGGGAACAUUCCAGUGAAGGGACAAUUGAAGUUGAGUAAGGUUAGCCCUUUUGGUUCAGGAACCUGAUGGCUGAGGGGUAAUAACUGUUCCUGAACCUGGUAGUGUAAGGUCUGAGGCUCCUGUAAUUUCUUCCUGCUGGCAGCAAUGAGAAGAGAGCAUAUCCUGGGUGGUGGGUAUCCCAGAUGAUGGAUGCUGUUUUCCUGCAACAAUUUUCUAUGUAGAUGUGCUCAAUGGUGGGUCCCCUUCAUCCAUUACUCCUUUCUUUCUUUACUGCCUUGGCUCUAAUUCCAGCAAUCACUUCUAUAGUUGAAUCUCUCCGUGGCUGUUCCCUGCCUGCCACCCUCCGUAUCUCUUAACAUUCUUCAGUCCCACAGCACCCAAGGUAUCUGUCCUCCCUUGAGUCUGACUGCUUACAAAGUCACAAUUUUCAUUAAUCCAUCCUUGGUGGUCAUGCUUUCAUUGCUUGCCUUCAAACACUAGAAUUUAUCAAAAUUGAAAGCUUCAAAAUGCUUUCUACUUCUCACCCCUGCAAUAUGCUUCAUAAAACCUGUCUCGGUGGUCCAGAUCUAAGUCAUCUGUCCUAUUUCUCAGUGUUUACUGUGUCAAAGUCCUAUUUGUUAAUGUUCUGUGAAGCACCUUGCAAUUAUUAAUUUAAGAGUAUUAUAGAAGUUCAAGCUGAUGUUUUAAUAAAUGGAUUUUAAUCACAGUGAUGAGGUAGAUGAAACCCCUCCCCUUCAAUCUUUUGAGUGAGAGCUCCAGGAUUGUGCUGGACGGGAGGGAAUGUAUAAGGUUGAGAAAUUCAUAUUACAGGGGGCGAUGACACAACAACCACAAGAUUCAAAGGUGAAGUAAGUGAGAAGUUACACAAUGAAAAGGAAGAGAUACAGGGCUUCCCAGUCGUGUGGCACUUUCAAUGCUGAAAAUCCACAUCACCUCAGGAGAGUGCAUACUGGAGCACUGCAGGGGUGGAAUACAUUGGUAGGAAUAGUGGGGACAGAGGUGAAAAUACAUAACAUUGUAGAAAUGCUGUGAUCAAGGUGAUCGUAAGAAGGGACGGAUGGGUGUUUUUGCACUUGCCUGAUGUGCUAUCUCCAUGUAAUAGAAUAAAGAACACCAGUGAAUGAGUGAAGGGGAAGGAAAUGGCCAGAGUUUACAGACCACAUGGGAACCAAGUGUAUGCUUAUAAAAAUAUCAAUGUAAGGUACCUGAGCUGGAUCUCAUUAAAAGCUUUCAACAAGCAGGAACAGAGACUAAUGGAGAAGCAGAAGGAUGUCAGUGUACAGGUCUCUGAAGAUGAAACAAAUUGCAAAGUUCUUGAAAAGGGAUCUGGGACCUUUGGCCUCCAGAAUAGAAUACAAAAGCAGGGGAGUUGUCCUGAGCACUGAUUUUAGCUGAGCCUGACAUCAUGGCCAGCUCUGCACUGGUCUCUAAAAAGGAUAUUAUGACCUUGGAGAAGGUGCAUGUGCAGAGGCAGCAGAAUGGUAUUGGAUGAAUGAGAACAGUUAAGUAGUACAAGCAAAGGUGCUAUAGACUGCUCUUGGGACAGUGUACGACAGUGGGGUGUGGGUGGGGGGUGCGCGGUGCGCAGAGUAAAGAGGAUGCUGCGUUGGAGUGAUUUUCUCCACCGUGGAAUCUGGAUACAAGGCAAUUGGUCAAAGCACUAGAGGUGAUGUGAGGGAAACAAUCAUGCAGUGAGUAAUAGUGUGGGGAAGAUGGUGAAAGCAGAUUUAAUAAUAAAAAUAUUGCUCACACACCAAAGAAAACUACAGUGAUAUGCUAAAAAGGCAGUGUAGAAAUAUUAAUUGAACUGAUCAUUAAAAGACUCAGUAACAUUAAUCCAAUAGCAUUCUCCUGUGUAGUAUCAUUUUGUGAUGCUAUAAUUAAGAGACAAUUAGACUGUUAAAAGAUUUGUUUGCUGUGUGUUACUCAGAUUACUGUGAUUGUUUCUUUGUACUUUCAUUGUGAUGCACUGUUUCUGUAGACCAUGAGGAAUUCAUGAUUAUGAAAAUAUUUCCUCCUCUUUCAGAGAUGUUAAAUAGGUUCUACUUCUUAGAGCAUGUAAUUGAAGUUUUCCUGACUCUUGUUCAACCUGCAGCAUUAUAUUUUGUAUAACAGUGGGGAAUCUCAGUAUCAUAAGCUUUCAGCUAUACGGUUGGGAAAUCCAGUGUUGCUGAACACCACUACACAUACUCUUGAAUAGGUGUGAUCUGUUUGCUAAUUAUUUUCAGCCUAGUCACAACUCCUUGCUGUAUUUCUUACUUGGAAAGAAAGCUGUUUUGUUUUCUGCCGUGGAACUCAUAUACCCAUGAUUGAUUUUCCCAGUUCCUCUGCCAGAUUAGUGUCUUGUGAGCCGAGGUCUUAUGAUAUUGCUGAAGAUGUGUUGCUCAAAAAAACCACAUUCAAAGCCCAACUUGUCCCUGAGUUGUCUCUUUUAUAAAAGGGAGACUUUAUAUAUUUUAACUUUUUUAUUUAUAAAUUUAAUUCUACUUUAUCAUCCUUUUAAAAUGGAAUAGCAAUUUUGAGUUUGUCGCAGUAACCAUUUUGUACAUCUUUUGUGUCCUUGAGUAUAAUUAAGCUUCAGAAAGACUUGCUACAGGUCAUCUGGAUAAAGAUUAUAGAAAAACUGUAAGGCUCCCAUUUAUAAAGUGCCUUCUGUCAGUGCAAAAUGCUCUAGAGCCAAUGAAGUACUUUUGAAGUGCAGUUACUCUUGUUAUUCAGGAUAAACUGCAACCAUUCUGCUAAAGGAAAUAGUCUCAUCCACUUGAGGGCUGUUUGGGGCUUCAUUUAAAAAGCUUCUUCCAAAAGAUAGUACUCCUGACAGUGUAGCACCUGUUCAGGACUGCCCCAAGGCAGCCUCUGAGAUUUUUGGGCUAGUCUAAUGUGCACACUUAAGAGUAUGUUGUCCAAUCAUGGACUUUGGAAAAGACCCCAGCAGGAAUGCAGAAAUAUCCUAGAAUGGUAUUGUAUAUAGUAUGUAAGUAUUGUGUGUAUGUGGGUGGUGAAGCUGAGUUCCUUCUCCUUAAAGAAAAGAAUGAGAAUUUUUGACAGCAUAACUGAGGAGUAAGUAUUUUACCUCAGAAAUGUUGGUAAUUGUUUAAAAAUGAUUGGCAAUGAAAAACAAAAGAAAAAUCUAUUUGAGGCCUUCAGUUCUUUUUAGAAAAGUACUGCCUAAAAAGGCAAAGAGAGCAGGAAGUAGUUCCAACUGGAUGAUUCUUUUGGAGAGCCGAUGCACUUAUGAUGAAUUCUACAGUUGCUUUCUGUCAUGACGACGCUAUGAUCCUUCCUCCUCCUUGUCUCUGCACCAGCUCUUCCCCACCUAUCUGAAAUCAGGAGUCUUGUUGAUGAACCCACUUAACAGUAAAUAUCCCUGUAUUGUGAAAGACCUGACUGGUUUGACUGUCAUGUAUAAGAACAAUCUUGGGUUUCCAUAUCCACAACUGCAUUGCUGUAUAACUUCCACUUCCCAGUUUGCAACAGUGACUAAAUUUUAAAAGCUCCCAAGGAUGUCCUGAUUUUGUUAAAUUUGUCAUUUAUAAAUUUUGAUCAUUAUACUCAUGCAUUUCCAAAACAUUUAUUCUAAUCAUAAUCACUCAUGAGAACCUUAGAAAAACCUCUAUCAGGAAAACAAAACUGAAGAAGUGCACAUAAAAGGUUGAAAGUAACAGAUUUUCCUGUAGAUUGGUGGGAGUUGCCAACAUUGAACAGGAACUUCCAUUAGCUGGACAACGUCAUGAAUAUGUAAGUAUGAAUGACAAAUGACCAACCAGUCCUUGAGAGGCAAGGUAUCCCCAUGUACUUGCGCCCUCUAUCCAUCAUCCAAUCUGUUAAUGGGGAAAUAGAGGAAAAGCACCAACUCUCUUCUAACCAGAGCAAACCCUUCUACCUUGUGUCAGCUUGGUAUAAGCUGAUACAGUUAAAUUUAAUGUCACCAAUGGUAAUGAAUGACAUUCAUUUCUUGUUUAAUUGUAUUCUUGUACUUCAAUUAUGAGAGAGUUGAUUUGACCAUUUAUAAGAAAUGGAAAGAACAGCAGCAAGGAACAAGAUUUGUUCAUGUGUGAAAAUACUCAGCUGAACUUGGAGCAUGUUGUUCCAUUUGCUACCUUGUAUGUUUAAAGGGAGACUGUGCUACAGUGAGAGACUUAACUAAGCACCUUCAUAAGUUCAUGCAGUCCACAGUGUGCUGGCAGUUUUUUCAACAUUAGGCUGAUGAGAUCCUCGUGCAGUCGAGUGAAACUCAGCAUGGAGGCUGCUGGCAGCACCGGCUCACAUUAAUUUGGGUAUCUUGGCACAAGAAUCAAAGAUGUGCUCAAUGUGAAGAGACUUUUCCCAGACGUUCUUCAGAACCACCACCUGAUGAAACAUGGAUUCACAAGUUCAGGUAUACUAAGGCUGCCAACACCUGUUUAUGUGAUAUUUUGUCCUUUCGUCAUGCUCCUGUGUUAGGACUGCUCUUUGCACAGAAAAUAAGGCCACAUUAAUUUAAAACUUCCUUGCCACAGGGCAUUUCCAAGCAGCUUCAGCUCUCUGUCAUAUCUCUCAAUGUGCUGCUUACCCCUGCAUGAGAGAUCAAUCCAGGCACUAUUUGUGGAGGAAUAAUUUCACUGAAGAACAGGUGACAUUUUGGGCACUAGGAUCUGCCAUGAGAUGAGACAGGCAUUGACUGUACCUACUUGCUCAUGCAUGUCUGAAUAUUCUAGACAUUUUCGUCAGCAGUAAAAGGUUCCUGUUCCCUCAUAGUGAACUACAAGAAGAAUUUCCUCAAAGUGUGUCAUCAUUCAAUUACUGUCCUCCAUUCACGGCUUCUCAAACUGGUGAGUUCUCCAGUUACAAUAGCUGAAUUAUAGAUAAAACAAGUAGUGCAGAGGUACUAGAUUCAGAAUGGAAAACACCACAAGUCUGCCCAGGAGGAGCCCUUCUCAUUGUGUGCAAUUUACUGUACAAGGUAAGCUGGCAGCCAGUGCCCUGGGAAGAGCAGCAUGAAGAUCUAGAGCCUGAGGAAGAGGAAGAUUUCUAAGGACAUGGCCCUGCUCAGUAUCCAUAGCUUAACCUGGCAGCUAAGUGAAGGAGGCUGAUGCUGGCAGUGUGGAAUAAAAGGAGCUCCUUGAAGAAAACUUGUCAUGCAAGGGAGUUUAUACAGGUUGAGUACCCCUCAUCUGAAGUUCUAAAAUUCAAAAACUUCCACAAUCUGAAUAUUUUUCGAGUGCUGACAUGAUGUCACAAAUGGAAACUUCCUCAAAGAGGCUGUUGAGAUUCCCUGGUGAUGCGUAGUUCUCUGCGCAGCACAGACGGUUCUGAGACAUGACCCCACAUGUUAGGAAAAGAAGUUAAUGAAGAAUAGAAAAACAAUGCAUAAAGUGAAAACUGAAGAUCUCAGUUGUGUAUUGAAGGAGUGGAUUUGUCAAUGUUGGAGUCAGCAUAUGCUGCUUAACGGUGUACUGAUCAUGAAACAAUCAGAUCUACAAUGACAAACUAAAAAUUGAAGGUAAUUGUGAAUGUUCAGCGGCUGGUUGCAUAAAUUUAAUUAAAGGCAUGGCAUUAAAUUUUUAAUAAUUUUAUAUGAAAUGUCUGAUGAUCAAGAAGCAGUAAAGAAGUUCAUUGAUAGGUUUGUGAAGAUCGUCACUGAUAAAAAAAAUAUAACACCAGAACAAGUCUACAAUGCUAUACUUUACAUUAAAAACUCGGGGAAAAGUAAAGUACACAUAUAGUGAACUUUAACCUUUUAAUGAAAACACAGCAUCGUAGGUGGAGACUAAAAGCCUGCAGUUGUUUGUUGUCGCUCAACAGCUGAUUCAAGUAUUCUCCCGAUGCCGUAGUGCUGCUUUUGUUACCCUGCACACAUUAUAUUUUCAUUAUAUUAAUGGUAUGUAUAAUUUUUACUGUUAAAUACAGAUGUGUGAUGAACAAAGGCUGCUUACCAGUAGCACAUAAAUUCAGAGCCAGAGCUGGAAUGAUGAGCCCAAGCUAUCUCAUUAUAUAUUCCAAAACACUUCUGGCCCAAACAUUUUGGAUAAGAGUAGUCAACCUGUAUUUUAUUGAAAAAUUGAAAUUCCCUAUUGCAAACCAGGUAACUCUUUCCAGAUUACAAUGCUGUUAUAAUGUCUAGGCGAUAAAGCAAUCAGCCUGGAGAAGCCAGGUGACAAAUAUAUCCCUUCACAUCUUGCUCUACAGGUCCAUUGCAUCCAGUAUAAUUCAUUAAGUAAUGACCUUGUUUCCAAUUCUACAACAUCUCUUAUUUCUUGAUGAGAGGCACCUCACUUAAUAAUUCAAACCUCUUCAAAACAAGCAUUUUCUGUGGGAUUUCCACUGCAUUGUUAUAGAGUUGCAUGGCUCAGCUUGACACAUCUUGAGAGUACAUAGGAUGUCUUUCAGCAUUGCUACACUGGGGAUUCUCAUUGCUAAACUAGAACCACCUUCCCACCUGACACACCCCAACACUUGGCUUUCUUACUGGCAUGUAUCUCAUUGACCAGAGUGGUCAUUUAUGGGUACAUUUUGUAACUCUCUUCCUGCAGUCCAUCCUACACUGUAUACUCGCACUGUGUAGGUGCCAUAGGGAGUGUACAUCUGUCAGGGCUGUUGCCUUCCAGUUACUGCAUAACAAGGUGUCAAGGGAGAUGCAGAAUUUUGUGAGAUUCCAUCAGGAAUUGCACAGGUCCUGUUUUAGAACUAGUUUCAGUUUGUAAAGCACCCCAAUAGUUUGGUCAACUUUACAUUUUUGUUUACAGGAGAUGUAUUUCACCAUUACCACUAAAUGCAACCAUGAUGGAAGCAGUCCAGUUUCUGGCAGUCAUGCUCAAAAGUCUGAGCAGAGUACUAACAAUACUGUUACCUGGUAAAACAAAACAUAGCAAGAUGCUUCACAGGGUGUUUAUCAGAUAAAAUUUGACAGUGAACCACAAAAGGGGAUGACAAGAAUUAGGUUUUUUUUUAAAAAAAAGCAUCGUACCCUCUAAGUUUUGUAGAGUUUAGAGGUCAGAUUUGGUUUUGGGUAGUAGAGUAAUGAAAUUAUGCACAAAAGCAGAAUUGGUGGGUUGGAGAUAAUUACAGACCUGAGGAGGAAUGAGGAAUGCAGGGAUUGACAUGGAACAUUAACAUUUGGAACUUGAAAACGCUGCUGUUGUUUAAAUUAUUGUCCAAGUUUAUUAACACAGUUUCAGAUGUAAUCUGUGACCAGACAUUCUGAACAAUUGAUUAUUAAAUCUAUUGUGUGUUCACUCACUACUAUACUUUAAAAUGAGUAGCCUUGCAAUCUACCAGUCAGGAGUUGCAACCUUUUGUUAGUUGUGGGGCUACAGAAAUGUGCAUAGAGUUAUAAGAAGCUAUUACAAAUUACUGGAAGCAAAAUGAAAUUCCAACAGAAUUAGUCUGUGUACUGCUGAAUAAUCAUGACAAAUGUGGCAAUAAUAAAUAGCAAUAGAUUUAGACUUACAAUGACUGUCUUAUUCUUCAU